AUGGUCAAACCCCUCACAUUCAAGGGCGAUAAACCCAAAAAGCGCAAGCAGCGCGACCCCGACUCCGAAAAAUCCACCAAGACCCGCAAGACUGAAGUCCCCGUGGUGGAGAAUGAUGACAACCCCGAGGACCAGAGCUGGGUUUCCGCCGAGGCUGCGAGCGACAUCGCAGGUCCUAUAGUGCUUGUGCUUCCCUCCGACGAGCCGGCCUGCGUUGCAAGUGAUGCCAAUGGAACAAUCUUUGCGAGUACACUGGAGAAUUUGGUCGAGGGAGACCCCGCGACUGCGGAGCCUCACGAUGUGCGACAAGUCUGGGUUGCGACGCGCGUGGCUGGUACCGAGUCAUUCAGCUUCAAGGGACACCAUGGAAAAUACCUAAGUUGCGACAGCCACGGCCUCUUCAGCGCGACCGCCUCCGCCGUCUCCCACUACGAAUCCUUCCUGGCCAUUCCUUCCGUCGAUAUCCCGGGCACAUUCGCUUUACAGGUUAGAGGUGGGGACUCGGAGAGUUUCAUGGGAAUCAAGGAGAGCGCGAAAGCUACAGGCGGCGUGGAAAUCCGCGGCGAUGCUACUACGGUCUCCUUUGAGACGACUGUGCGCAUUCGCAUGCAGGCACGAUUCAAGCCGCGUCUGCGCGCGAAUAAGGAGUCAAAGGCCUACGAGAAGAUCAGCCAGAAGGAAUUGGAGAGUCUUGUGGGGCGGAAGUUGGAGGAUGAUGACGUGAAGCGAUUGAGGAAGGCGAGACGCGAGGGCAAUUUCCACGAGGUCAUGCUGGAUGUCAAAGUCAAGGGCAAGCAUGAUAAGUUUGCUUGA